AACAACAUCAACAACAUCAACAAAUGGAUGAUGAUGUAACAAAAAUUUCCUUGAGAAAUUAUAAAUUUAUUUUUGAAGAAUUAUUAAUCAAUUUUUUUAAUCAAUCAACUAAUAUAUUAAAUUUGAAUGUUUCAGCUUGUCGGGAUAGUAGCAUUUCUUCUUUAACAAAUUCUAUUGAACAAUCAACACGAGCGAUGGAUUGUUUGGCACAUUUAAGAUAUUUUAAAUGUAGUGGAACGAUGCCAAAAUUAUAUUCACUACUUUCUAAUAUAAGUCCAAACCUUAUAAGAAUACAUAUAGAACGUUAUAUGAUCACAGAAGAAUUGGCGAAUUUAAUUAAUGUACAAAAAAAUUUAAAAGAAAUUGGAUUUCACAAACAUCCAAGUUUAAGACAUCCACCAUUAUCAUUAACAAAUAAUAUUAUAGGUACAUCAUUAAUUAAUCAAUCUUCUUCAAUUGAAACGUUAAUAAUUAAAGGAAUUUAUUUUCAAUCAAAGAAUUUAUCAUAUUUUGAAAAUUUAAAAGAAUUAAAUAUUAGAAUAUGUGGUGGAAUGAGAUAUACUAGGGAAGAAUUAUUACCUUUAGCUCUUGUUUCUUUAAAUCAUUUACAAACAUUCUUUUGGUAUUCAACACAUUAUAUUUAUUUAGAUUUAUUUCCAAAUUUUUUUAGAAAUAACGGAAAAAAUUUAAGAUUUAUUACUAUUAAAGGAUUCAUGAUUUCUGAUCCAGAGAAUGCCGGAAUAUUAAUUAAUAGUAUAGCAAAUCAUUGUAUAAAUUUAAGAUCAUUCUCGGGACCGAUCUUGAGAGAAAAUAUUUUAGAAUUAACAAAAAUGAUAGAAAAUUGUAAAGAAUUACAAAGUUUAACUUUACAUCCAUCAAGAAAAAAAUGUUAUGGACCACAAAAGAAAGAAUGUUUUGAUGAAUUAAUGAAUGUAUUAAUUAAUCAACAAAAAAAUAUUAGAUUAUUUGAAUUAACAAUAGUUUAUAGUUGGAAAUUUAGUUUUCUUCAAUUUGAAAGGUUGAUGAAAAAAUUUG